UAAUAUUUGAAUAAUUUUAACAGAAAAAUCUUUUCAACAGUUACUGCAUAUCUCUGCAAAUCCAGGCUAUAUAUAUACCCAGUCACAUAAACGAUUUGCCAAAACUGAAUGCAUCAGGUUUCAAUUAAAUACAGCCUGUAGUUAGGAAUUUAUCAGUUUGAUGAAACGCAUUCCAUUGAGUGAUCUAUUAAGCGAUCUAUUAUAUAUGCGUUCCAUUAAGCGAUCCAUUAAGCGAUCCAUUAUACGAUCUAUUAUGCGUUCAAUUAUACGAUCUAUUAUGCGUUCAAUUAUACGAUCUAUUAUGCGUUCCAUUGAGCGAUCAAUUGUGCGCUCCAUUAGCGUGUUGUUAAAUGACACAUUUAUGUUAAUUAGCGAUCCAUUAGCUCAUUUGCAUGUGAAAUUGGAACACGGUUUUGAUAGUGUUUAUUGGAUUAACAACUCGCUUGCGGAUCAUGGUUUUAGUGGUGUUUAUUGACAGUGUUUAUUGGGUUUGUUUGGGCUGCUACUUUCAAUCUUUUUUUUUUCAGAAAGAACUUUAAUAUACAUCGUAAUUUAGCCCCCAAAUAAAUGUUUCCAUCUUUGUGUUAGUCAUCAGCGAUUGUACACUUGUAUCUUCAGAACUUUAUAUGAUAAAUCGAAGUACAGAAAGGCUGGCGACCACAAAGUACUGAAUGGAAACUGUACGUGAAAGAUGUUUGCAACAUCUGAAACCAAGGCAAACACCCUAAUCAGGAUGUAUGGCCCUCUUAUAGACAACCUGAAUUCCGACAAAUGGCAGGAGAUAGAUGCUUCGUCAAAACUUGAAUAUGCCAAUGUUUAUGUUAGUAGAAUAACCCUAACAAUGUAUUACGGCCGCUAUGGGUCUUCAGCAAGAGGAAUAUUCCGAACACAGAACAUAAAAUUCAGUCCGAGCACUUCUGGCCAGAUGGAAUCACCGUUCGUAAAUGGCUUACUAGAGCUGAAUGGCAAAUACAGUACGGACGAAACAGACGUAAUAGAGGUAAAUAUCACGGACGAAAUGACUGGAUGGACAAAAACUGAAAUACAGGAACACAUAAUAGGAUCAGUGACGACAACAAAGACGUAG